GGAACACCUGACAAAGAUCCGGGAGGAGCGAGCCAAACACGGCAAAGGCGAAGGCAUGGGCCACACAGUCGAGGCUGCGCCUUCUGCAGGGCGCCCCAAGGCGCUGCGGGACCUGUCCCGGCGCUUCUUCAGGUGUGGCAGGCACUCCAUCCAGCCCCUGCAGAGCCUGGCGGAUUUGCCGGAGAUGGCGGAGUUUCACGAGGACUUUUCGAAGUUGGUACGGGCGCUGGAGGACGCCGAAGACGCGCGUGUCUCCUGCAACCAGGAGGAGGAAGUGAAGAAGAAGCUGGAAGAGAAGCGGCAGGCAUCCCUGAAAGCUGCCAGCGAUUUGGAACGCUAUCAGCAGAGGAUCAGGAGGUGUGUGGCAAAGAUCCGGACAGACAAGGAACCUGGGAGCCCUGGGGGCCCACUGCUGGAGGAGGAGGGGAAGGAGGAGACGGAGGAGAAGAAAGAGGGCGAGCUUAUCCAGGAGCGCAACACGGCAGUUGUCAAUCUGAUGGAAGCCCUCAAGUCUGAGCACGACCUGGUGCUUGAAGCUGCAGGAUGCUCGACUCAGUCCGGAGAUGCAGAAAGGGCCGCUACUGCCUUGCGCGGCAAAGCCGAGCGAGCCACCAAACGACUGGAGGAGGUCUGGACCGCCCUGUGGGCUGCAGAUGAGGCACAGGACCGGAACCCCGCGCUGGGCGAGCGCGCGCCGGAGGUGACAGACAAGAGCACGGUGCGAGAGGAAGCCUUACAGCAGCUCAGGGACUUUCCCCAUAGCAUCUCUGGGCAGGAGGUGAUGCAGCACACCAACGAGGAAUUCCUGGAGCUCAGGUCGCAAGUGCAGCAGGUCCAUCGCAGCUCCAGUGGCGUGGCCAGUCUGAACUCAGUGGAGAUGGCAUUCUGCCAGCUGAAUGAGGCGAUGAGCGAUCUGCUGCAGGCGGUUUGCCAGGAGAAGGAGUACUGGGAGCAGCUGAGCAUCGAGAAAUGCUUUCCCAGCCGCUCCAUGAUCGAUGCAGGGUUUGAAGAGCACCGCCUGGCGGCUGCCACGGCCGAGUGUUUGGGCGCGUACAGGGACAGGCUGGGGAUGAUCCACAAGUUGCAGAAGCAGAUGCGUCAGGCCCAAGAGGCACCACAGCAGUUGCAACGAGGCUUCGAGGAAGCCAAACAGCACCGCGCCCAGAUCUUGCAGGAAUCCAAGAAGCUUAAGAAGGCGCAGCUUAUGCAGGAGGCCAAGGAAUUGUACUCCGACGACCGCGUGGGCUGGUUGGAGACGGCAGUUGGCAGGCUUUGGAGAAAUUCAGACAUCGACGUCAGGAAGAGGAAGCUGCAGGAGAAGCAAAGAGCGUCCUGGCAGGGCAUGCAAAACCUCUUGCAACUCAGCCAGCUGCAUUGUCCAGAAUGGGUGCCCAAAGUCAUCGAGUUGUGCAUCGCAAACACCACCCUUGAUCAAGGCCGGUCAGACUACAGCCCAGGCUACAGGGAUGCUUCGUUCCUGCAAUCCGUGCUGGUGUGCCGCAAGAUUUCGGACUACACAAUUGGAGAGGCCUUUGAGCAAUCAAGGCACAAAGUCUUCAAAGCCGAGCACGUCCGCGAGAGUUGCGUCCUGAAGCAAAUCGAUCUGAGCAGCGCGAAGGGCACGAAGCAGUUCUGGAAGCUCGCUGUGACACAUACCAGGUACCGGCAUCCUUUCCUGGUUUCGCUUCAGGCUGCGUUCAUCGACACGGAUGGGACAGGCAAAACACUUGAACGUGUUUUUGGCUACUUGCAUUUUCCGCUUGCCAAGGGCACACUGGAUGACGUCCCUAUAGAGGAACUGACACUUUUCCGGUUGCUGUCUUUGCUGCAAGGGAGCGCUUGCGCGCUGGCGUACUUGCAUGGCGAAAAGGCCACUCAUGGCGACAUCAAGCCAUCCAACAUCCUUUGCUCUGAAGAAUUUCAGCCAAUGCUCACUGACUUUGAGCUGUUGAUUGAUGCAACGAUCACAAGCGGGCAGACCACGACGGUCGCGGCUCUGGGCGGCACUCUGGACUUCCUGGCGCCGGAGCUGUGCAAGGAAGGCGCGCGCGAUGCCAGCAAGAAAGCCACUUCCAAGGCGGACAUGUAUUCGUUGGGUAUGACUUUCAGACAAGCGCUCAGUCGCUGCCGGGAUCAUAAGGGCAAAAAGCAUGGCAGCUUGAUGGAUGACAGACCCCGUGAGACUUUCGAGAAGCUGGACGCCUUGGCAGAUCGCAUGACGCAGCAGGUUGCGAGUGCCAGACCAGAGGCGAAGCACAUCGCAGAAGACCCCGUUUUUCUGACCCACAUUGCUGAAGAGAGGGAAGCAGCCUUGCACCGGAACAGCAAGCCAACUUAUUGGUCCAAAGACUCCAGCAAGGAGCUGAAGGUCUGCAAGAUUGAGGAGGGCGACCAGGCCUUUAAAGCGCUGCAGGAUGCCUUGGUGACGCACCACAUCCUGGGAGGGAGGGAUGGAGGGGAGAAGAAAGCAGGCCGCCUCCAGGUGCGGAGAGCUUGGCGCAUCGAGAACCCGCUGCUGUUCGCCAAGUACCGUGCGGAACAGGACGCCGUGCGCGCCAGCGUGGACUCCCUGAAGAGGUACGGCAAAAGCCUUGCAGACCCCCGGAUCCUGAGCAGACUCACGGAAGCCACGGGCGAGUUGCAUUCCGCCCGCCUGGACGCAUCGAUCAACGAAGUGUACUUGUUGCAUGGUGUCAGAGAUGUUGGGAAGUCGCUGCUAAGCAUCAUCACCUCGGGGCCGAGCAAAAGCCAUUGCACUGGAGGUUUGUUCGGCCUUGGUGUUUAUUUCGCAGAGGACGCAGCAAAGUGCCACCAGUAUGCAGCGCACACGAAAGAUGAAUACUUCAACCAGGUGCCGGCCUUACAUAGGCACCUCUAUGAGAACCGCGAUGCUCAUCCCGGCAGCGGCACUGAGCCUGUGUAUGUUCACUACAUCCUGGCUUGCCGAGUGAUCAUGGGCUAUUUUGCCAUGACUCAGGAUGGUAAGCGCGACGCCCUGAUGGUGGAUGGGGGCCCGGUUUGGUUGACCGAGACCCGAACAGAGUUGGCGCAAGUGAAGGGCUGUCCCGAGGGCUCUUCAGAGAAGUACCACGCCUUGAUCGGGGAAAGUGGUCCGGGGCACGAGCGCUUUCGGGAGUUCAUGCAGUUCAAAGAUGAACGGAUCUACGCAGCUCCAGUCGCCGCACGGGUCUUGGCCCAGUUGCGCCGCGGCAAACUUUGGCUCAGACCGGCAAGGUACCAGAGAUGCUGCGUAAAACACGAUGACGCCUGCUUUGAUGAACCUGUUGCGAAAGAGCUAUGCUGCUCAGAGGUAAAUCGCUCCAAGACCUGGUGGGCUGGGCAGGAGGUGCUCAGCUUUGCCCAUUUGGUGCUGUUCCACCUCAGCCGUGGCACGUCAUGCCUCACCAGCCCCACUUUGGACCUGGAGAGCUGCUGCGGCUCCGGGGCCUUCCUUGGGCACAGCUGUUGGGACAGCGCCUUUUCUGGGCGGCACUGCUGUGGUCACCACUCGCUUUGGGGCGCCGAGGCAGAGAUGCAGCCAAGCAGUUGCUGGGCUGGGGACUUCAACUACGAGCGCUGCUGCAGCACUCCAGAGGCGGGCAUGUUCGACUGCUGGGAUCAUCGCUUCAGUUAUGAAACUUGCUGCGAGACUCACGAGCAGGCCAAGAUUGGCAGCUGGUCUGCGGGCAACUUGUCCGCGCUCUAUGCCGCCAGGAACCGCAACACUUGCAGCCGGCCAUCCACCGCACACCAUUGCCGGCAGAUGUGGCAAAAUGCGCUGCGAGGUGUGCCAUCUCUGACUCACGAUGAGGUUCUACGCCACGCGCGCUCGCUGUCCACGUUGUGGUGGAAGGAGAGCAGCUGGGCAGAAGUAGUUGAGGCGAGCCCAGGCUUCGCGGUGAGUGUGGGCCUGCAUGCUGUCGCCCACAUCCUGAAGAAUUGGCACGGCGGCCUGCAGACAACACACUGGGCUUUCCAGCAUGCAGCGGACUGGCUGCAGCUGUACAGGUCCUAUGUGGGGCGCAUCGACCUGCAAGAUCUGACCAGCAAGGAUGGUGGGCUGCGCAUUGCCGACUUGGACCAGGCAAUCACACGCUGGCUUCAGUCCUCCUUCCCCGCCUCGGUGAACAUCGUCCUCCGGGAGCGGGUCGAGGAGCUGAGCAACAAGGGCGACUACGAGCAGCUGAGCAACCAAUGCUUCCUCUGGUCCCUGGCCGAAGCUGCCCAGGCACUCGAGAAGCUGCAGCUUGACUAUGUACCCUGCCAGGGCACGUUGAUAGCAUUGCUUCGCUACGGCACCUUUCCCGCCGGUCGCCUGAGCAGCGGAAAGUGGGAUGUGGUGGACAACGAUGCCGAAUUGAUGAUUUUGGCGGAACCAGGUUUCGACCAAACAUUACUUCUGGCGAGCAUCUCCAUGGCGUUGGAGGCCAAAGGUUGGCCUCCAUGCACGGUCCCGCAUUUCAGGAAGCUGGUGUGUUUCAGUUUGCAUUUGGAAGUGCCGUGCAAAGUGGAGUUCUACCUCUUUGAGAAGGACAUAGAUUAUGGAGUGAUCGUGCGGGAACGCCGCUGCCUCGGGGAGCCGGCGGUCUGUGCAUCGGAAUUCCCCUUGCAAGCCUGGCAGGGGCGGAUGCCGUUGGACAUCGUGUAUCCCUUCUCUUCCUGCCGUUUGGGUACUUCAUGGAGGAUUGUCAAAUGUCCCCACAAGCCUUUGGAGAUGCUGAAGCGCUGGAACGAACAGCAGCGCGAGGGCGAGUACGUGCGCCAAAGUCGAUUGCAGCCCGUGCUCGCCCCACAAGGGACAUUGGAAGUUGCUCAAAGAGAUGCUUGGUGCAUUGCCUUGCCAGUGAUUUCCAGUGACCGGGACAGCGGGGACAGCCGCAACCAGAGGUUCCUCAGCAUGGGCUUGGACGCAGAAGACUUGCGCCUGCUACAAGGCUACGCUCGCAGUCUUCAAAGGGGGGGCUAUGCCUCCUUUGCGGAUCACCUCAGAGAUGAGCCGUGCGUGCUGCGGGGCCAGCGCAUCCUGUUGGGUGAGACCCAUGCCGGCUUCCCUAGCCCACCGACGUGGACGCCAUGA